CGCAGCCGCCACCGCCGGCCGCUGGUGGGGGGCGGCGCCCCAGGCCUCCGCAGACGUGAUGAACCAGCUGUGCCGCGUGUGUGGGGAGCCAGCAGCGGGAUUCCAUUUCGGUGCCUUCACCUGCGAAGGCUGUAAGUCUUUCUUCGGCCGGACGUACAAUAACCUCGGUUCUAUCUCCGAGUGCAAGAAUAACGGGGAGUGCGUGAUCAACAAGAAGAACCGGACGUCGUGCAAGGCGUGUCGCCUGCGGAAGUGCCUGAUGGUGGGCAUGUCGAAGAGCGGCUCCCGCUACGGCCGGCGUUCCAACUGGUUCAAGCUGCACUGCCUGAUGCAGGAGCAGCGCCAGCAGCAGGACCACCAGCAGCUGCCGCUGCCGCCGCCGCCGCCACUGCCGCACCCUCUGGAGCCUCCGGGACCCGCCAGCUCCCUGGGCAAGGCCAAACCCCUCCUGUGGGCAGACGCCUCGCGGAUGAGGCACGCCGUCGACGCCGACAACAACAACGUAUUCCCGGACAAGCAGCACCAGAGGGACACGACGCCGUCGCCAGCUCCGUUGCCAAUGAGGGGUUUCGCUCACGCGCAGCAGCAGGGCGGCUUCGGCUCUCAGGACACGGCGGCGGCGGCGGCGGCGCUGUGGGCGGCGAGGAGCUCGCUGCUCGUGCCUCCGCACUCGCACCCCGGCGUGCCGCCCUUCGCCCUGCCCUUCCUGGCGUCGCCCUUCCAGCAGACGUCGGCGGCUUCCCUGCAGCCCCCCAGGCCCGUGCAACACCAGCGGCACCCGGCGCCCCUAGCACUCGAGGCCAGGCUGUCGUCGCCGUCUUCUUGCUCCUCGGCGACGUCGUCUCCCCCACCGCCUAACUCGAGGCACAAGGCGCCUUUCAACCGGCAGCAGGAAGGCGAGAAGUCCGCAGUGGCGCUGUUGUCGCUGGGUCCCGUCCAGGAGCAGCCCAUCGACCUGUCAGUGAAGGGCGACGAGAAGGGCGAAGGCUCGACCAGGUCGUGCAGCUCCGGGUCCUCGUCCCCUGCCAGUGGUGGUGCGGCGGUAGCACAGGACUGUGGCAGCGACGCUGCCUUCUCUGGCGCAGAAGACAGCAACAGCAAGGCGACGGAGAGUGAAGACAGCGCCGUCGACGCUGCAGCGUCACAGACGCCGGCCGCGAGGACGACACCACUCGACCUGACGACCAGGUCUUGA